AUGCUAAGAGUAGUACCUUUUCAACAACGAGCGCUUGGAAUUGGCGUCCACUGGUCAUUCCUUCGUUUACUGGGUUUUAUCCCUGGCGGUAUUUUGUUUGGAAUGAUGAUUGAUACAGCUUGUCUUAAGUGGCAGGAAUCUUGCGGAGCUAAACAGGCGUGUUUGGUGUACGACCCGUACAGACUUUCUUGGACCAUAAUGGCUGUCGCCAUAGUCUGUAAACUUGUCUCAAUUCUGGCAACUAUUCUUGGUUAUAUGACAUACCGACCAAACGACCUGGAUAGUGGUCUGUCUGUGGAAACUACUGAUAGUCGCGGCCCACUGUCGUUGACUGUCAACGAUGAUCGACCACCAAAUGAGAUUAACAACUUUGAAAACAAAAGCUUUAAUCAAUUAUGA